GGCGCGCUUUGCGGAAGGACCGGCGUGUGGGCACUUCAUUUCCCCGGAAAGUUUAGUUUUGUGGUAAGGUUCUGUUGUAUGGACCGUCGUCUGCUUUCUAAACACAGGUGUGCGUCUCACAGACACGAGAAUCCCGCUCAAACAGACGGAGUAAACGCUCAGUGUUAUUAAGCUCUGCCAGCGUUUUCUUGUUACGCACUUCUACUUGUUAGCGUAGGUAAAGCUAAGUAGCUAACUUGGUUGUUGAUAGUUUUCCCCCCUGUUUUGACAUUAAAAAUAAGAGUCACUAUGGCUUCAGAUGACAUUGCUCAGCUGGCUGAUGCUCUCUCCAAGACCCAUGUUGGUGAUGGAGAGUUAAGCUAUAAAGGCCUUGGACUGAAGCUUGACAACGCAGAAUCAGUGGAGCAGCUGGCCCUCGACAUCAAGCAGCACCAGGGUCUGAGGGCGCUAUGCCUCGAAGGAAACACUCUGGGAGUGGAGGCAGCCCAAGCCAUUGCCAAGGCACUGGAGAGCAAAGACAUGCUUCAGAGAUGUUACUGGAGUGACAUGUUCACUGGAAGACUGCGCUCUGAAAUCCCACCAGCCCUGAGGUCCAUGGGCAGUGCAAUAAUGAGUGCGGGGGCCAGGCUGACUGAGUUGGACCUCAGUGAUAAUGCCUUUGGGCCAGACGGUGUCAAAGGAAUCGAGCAGCUACUUAAGAGCCCCUCCUGCCAUACCUUGAGAGAGCUAAGGCUCAACAAUUGUGGUAUGGGGAUUGGUGGAGGAAAGAUCUUGGCUGAAGCCCUGAUUGAGUGCCACAGACAGUCAUCAGCUCUUGGAGCUCCACUCAGAUUGAGAGUGUUCGUGGCAGGGAGGAACCGCUUGGAAAAUGAAGGAGCUACCGCCUUGGCCAAGGCCUUUAAGCUGAUGGGCAGCCUUGAAGAGAUUCACGUGCCCCAGAAUGGAAUAAACUACAAAGGUGUGAUGGCAUUAGCUUCAGCCAUGCAACAUAACCCAGAACUUCGAGUCCUCAACCUCAAUGACAACACUUUCACCAAGAAGGGAACGCUGGCAAUGGCACAGGCUCUGAGGCACCUCAGGAACAUCCAGGUGAUCAACUUUGGUGACUGUCUGGUCCGUUCUGAGGGAGCUAUCGCCCUCGCUGCAGUCCUGAGAGAAGGUCUACCGAUCCUCAAGGAGCUCAAUCUGUCAUUUGGUGAGAUCACUGAAGCAGCAGCACUAGUGGUGGCUCAGGCUGUCACAGACAAACCUCACAUGGAGAAAGUGGAUCUGAACGGUAACUGUCUGGGAGAGGAGGGCUGUGAGGCUUUGAAAGAAGCUAUGGAGAACAUGAAUAAAGGAGACAUGCUGGCAUCACUCAGUGAUGAUGAGGGAGAACCUGAUGACGAGGAUGAGGAAGAUGACAGUGGAGAUGAUGAUGAUGAUGAUGAUGAUGUUAGUGACGACUAUAAUGAAGAGAAUGAGGAGUAUAGUGAAAUUACAAAGGAAAAUGGAAUAACAACAAAUGGAGACAGUCCUGUAUCACCUGACAGCCCAGCAGAGAUCACUUCUUUCCUCAGCUGCCCCUCUGCGGAAAAACUUCUCCAGCUUGGAGAGAUGAGGACAAACCUUCAGCAAGAGGUUGAUGCAUCUGAGCCACACAAAGCGGCUGAGCUCCUUUUGAAAAUUGCCUCCUUGUACAGUGAUGAUCCUGAGACCAAGACUGCUGUUCUAGAUACUAUUGAUGCGGUGUUGAAGAAGCUCCUCUGUGGCUCAACCCUCCAGUCAUACUGCUUCCUGUCCACGCUGCUGGUCAUGAUGGGACUACUGAAGGGAGAGGGAAAAAUCAAAGGGACAUUGCUGGUCCCAGGUCAGCUGUUAUGUCUGGAACAUGCUGUCCAGCAGGAAUACUUCCCGAAGCACCACGCCUCGCUGCUUUACAUCUUCCUGUCCAAGAACGGUGGAGGUCUGAAGUCGUGCGGCAGUGCCAGAGAGAGGCUGAGCUCUGCUUUGGAGAGGAGGUGCCACGAUCAGCACUGAUCUCAUGAAUCAGCCAGUACCGGCUCAAGGGCGCACUCCGCACUCACAUUCGGUUUUUCACCUUUGAAUCUAGCAGGGAUGAUUGUUACUCAAAGGACAAGUCCAACCACUGAUAUCUGCUCUUGAUAUUUUAUGAAGGUUUCACAGAGUCUGUCCAAGAAUGUCUUAAUUUUUAUUUUUCUACUUUUGCUUAUGACUUAUAUUUUUAUAGAAAAUAGAUACAAAUUAUGGGAAAAAAAACAAGAUGUAUCAAUUAGACAAGUUUAAUGUGUUUAAAAUAAACUGACUGUAACCUGAAGUGGAGCAAAUAUAAAACAUGUCUACAUUUCUUAAUACAUAGACUUAAAAUUUACAAAUAAAUCAUGACGCAGAACAGAAUCGAUUUCCGACAAGUCUCCUUAUAUAUCUGUGGAAAUGUCUGGAUUAACAUAAAAUGGGCAUUUGGAAAUCUGUAGAAUAAAUCCUGCCAAUAUGGCAGACAUUGGUACAACUA